UUUUACAUCAGCAGACUUGAGCAGCAUUGCACGCACGAGUCCGUUCCAUUGCCAGGAUCAAAGGUGGAUGGAGUAUUUCAUGCGUGGAGAGUGCGUAUAAUUUCAUGUGGAUUUAGAUAACAUGAACUUGAAUUACGAGUUGCUAUUUGACUUCAGCAUCUACAGGCAUUCUUGAGGUGGAACAUGGCGAGGGGGAUGAAGGGAGCUCAUCCCGUCGUUUUAUUAUGUACUUUUACGCUAUUAUUUUUUGGGGACGUUUACGCGCAGAUUUCCUUUAACGAAAUAACUGGAUUUAGUUUGAGUCCUCCGUAUUUUAAUCUCGCAGAGGGGUCACGGAUCUCUGCUACCGCAACAUGCGGUGAAGAUGAAGCAGGGAGACCGAGGACUGAUUUGUACUGUAAACUUGUCGGAGGACCUAGUUUCGGACUUCCUAGUCAAACCAUACAGGGACAGUAUUGUGACCGAUGCAACUCCAACGAUCCGAACAAGGCCCACCCAGUGAGCAAUGCCAUCGAUGGCACAGAACGUUGGUGGCAAAGCCCGCCUCUCUCCCGGGGACCGAUUUACAAUGAGGUUAAUGUCACCUUGGAUCUUGGACAGCUCUUUCAUGUGGCGUAUGUCCUUAUCAAGUUUGCCAAUGCCCCUCGACCUGACCUGUGGGUCCUGGAGCGCUCCCUGGACUAUGGGAAAACGUAUACUCCUUGGCAGUACUUUGCACAUUCUAAAAGAGAGUGCAUUGAGAGGUUUGGCAAACAACCAAAUGGACGCAUUGUCCAAGAUGACGACCAGAUAUGCACCACCGAGUAUUCGAAGAUCGUCCCGUUGGAGAACGGAGAGAUUGUGGUGUCGCUGGUCAACGGUCGCCCAGGGUCUAAAAACUUCACGUAUUCUCCGGUGCUGAGAGACUUCACCAAGGCCACCAACAUCCGCAUGCGCUUCCUCAGGACCAACACGCUGCUGGGCCACCUCAUAUCCAAGGCCCAGAGGGAUCGCACCGUCACACGCAGGUAUUACUACAGCAUCAAAGACGUCAGUGUUGGGGGGCGCUGCGUUUGCCACGGCCAUGCACAAGUGUGUGGGCGACGUGACCAAGGCAAUCGGCUUCAUUGUGAGUGCACACACAACACCUGCGGGGAGUCAUGUGACCGCUGUUGUCCAGGGUUCAACCAGAAGCCAUGGCGGGCCGCUACCACAGACAGCCCAAAUGAGUGCCAACCUUGCCAGUGCCAUUCACAUGCCACUGAGUGUUAUUACGACCCAGUCGUGGAACAGAGGCGAGCAAGUUUAGACACCUUCGGCAGGUACGACGGCGGAGGAGUGUGCAUCAACUGCCAGCACAAUACGGCAGGGGUGAACUGUGAGCUUUGUGCUGUUGGAUUCUACAGACCGCAUGGAGUGCCUCCAGAGUCUCAUGGAGGAUGCGUACCCUGCAGGUGUAGUGCUUGGGCUACCUCCGGCUGUGAGAUGGGGACGGGUCGCUGCUUGUGCCGGCCGGAAUUCACCGGAAACAACUGUGAACGCUGUGCGGAUGGUUACUAUGGCUACCCACAGUGCAUUAGAAUCUACCAGCCCACCACCAAGUCACCUGCAGGUGAUAUCAUGGAGUGUGUGUGUGACCGCAGUGGAUCAAUGCCUGAGGUGUGUGAUGCGUUGGGGAACUGCAUCUGUCGUUAUGGUGUGGAGGGCAAACGAUGUGAUCGCUGUCAACCAGGAUACCACUCUUUUCCUUAUUGCCAAGAGUGUGUGUGUGACCGCAGUGGAUCAACGCCCGAGGUGUGUGAUGCAUUGGGGAACUGCAUCUGUCGUUAUGGUGUGGAGGGAGAACUAUGUGAUCGCUGUCAACCAGGAUACCACUCUUUUCCUUACUGCCAAGAAUGUGUGUGUGACCGCAGUGGCUCAGUGCCCGAGGUGUGUGAUGCGUUGGGGAACUGCAUCUGUCGUUAUGGUGUGGAGGGCAAACGAUGUGAUCGCUGUCAACCAGGAUACCACUCUUUUCCUUACUGCCAAGAGUGUGUGUGUGACCGCAGUGGCUCAGUGCCCGAGGUGUGUGAUGCGUUGGGGAACUGCAUCUGUCGUGAUGGUGUGGAGGGCAAACGAUGUGAUCGCUGUCAACCAGGACACCACUCUUUUCCUUACUGCCAAGUGACAACGUGUCGUUGUGAAGGUGCAGGGGUGACUGACAGACUCUGCGGGCCAAAUGGAAAGUGUCUUUGCCAUGCUAACUACAUGGGUCUGCAAUGCGACCAGUGUGCCCCUGGUUACUAUGGAUACCCAGACUGCGUUUCCUGUGAGUGUUCAGAGCAGGGUUCCUACGAGUCCAAAUGUGCCCCAGUGUCGGGCCAGUGUCUUUGUCGACCUGGGGCGGUGGGCCGGCGGUGUGACCGCUGUAUCGGGUCGGACCAUCUCUUCCCCCUCUGUUUAGCCUCCAUCCGAAAGUGUAACCAAGCCGGGUCAGAGGUCACCAGCCUAGAUCCACAAACGGGUUCCUGUAGCUGCCUGCCCAACGUGCAAGGGGUUCUGUGUGACAUAUGUAGACCUCUUUACUGGAACCUGGCCAUUGAAAACCCCCGUGGCUGUAUAGAGUGUCAGUGUGAAGUCAAAGGGACCCUCAGUGGGUUGGGAGAGUGUCAACAGAAAAGUGGACAGUGUUACUGCAAACCCAACAUGUGCAGUCAUACCUGUGACACAUGCAAGGAAGGUUUCUACCUGCUGCAGAAGAAGAACUAUUUCGGUUGCCAAGGAUGCCAGUGUGAUGUAGGAGGGGCCGUCAACAUGUGGUGUGACCAAAUGUCUGGGCAGUGCCGGUGUCGAAAUAAUGUUGUGGGCCGCACCUGCACAGAGCCAGUCCCCAACUAUUACUUCCCCAGCCUGCACCACCUGAGGUAUGAGGUGGAGGAUGGCAUAACCCCCAAUGCCAGGCCUGUACGCUUUGGCUACAACCCCCAGGAGUUCCCAGAAUUCAGCUGGAGAGGUUACGCCGUUAUGUCCCCGGCACAGCCAGAGGUGAUCCUAUCGCUAGCUGUGGGUUUCCCUGGCACCUUCCACAUAGUGUUUCGCUACGUCACCUCUACCCCCCCCAGGCCCACACAGGGACGGCGCCAAAGGGGGCGUGUCCGAGCCAGGAUCUUGGUGGUGGAUGAGCCUGGUUUUCACUCUUGCUGUGACUGGGAAGGUCAGAGUGAGGAGGUGGUGUUUCCUUCUAGCUCCUCUCCUUCCUACGUCACAGUUCCUGGGGACGGCUUCGCCGACCCGUUCACGCUGACCCCUGGGAAAUGGACCAUUCGCAUCCGGGCCCAGGGCGUUCUUCUGGACUACUUGGUGUUGUUGCCCAGUGAUUACUACGAGGCUCCCAUCCUCCAGGAGAAGAUCACCCAGCCCUGCACGUACACAUCCGCCGCCGACAGAGACACAAACUGUCUGCUGUAUAAGCACGUGACAUUGAACAGGUUCAGUUCGGUGCUGGGCACUCAGGGACAGUUGCCAAGCCCCAGGAGACGCCGGCCCACGGCGGACCACCCUGACAUGGCCUCUCUCACCGGGAGACAGGACCGACUACAGCUGAGCCUGCGUGUGCCAAUGCCCGGCCCCUACGUCCUGGUUCUGGAGUAUGCCAGCGAGGUGGACAUGGUCCAGAAUGUCAACCUCAUCAUCACUGACCAAUCAGAGAGCCGUACGCAGGCCAGAGCCAACAUCUACAGCUGCCAGUACAGCUUCCUGUGUCGAGGUGUGGCGGUCGAUGGAACCAAUCGUCUGGCAGUGUUCCAGCUUACCCAUAAGGCUGAGCUUGUUCUCCUGACCUCUACAGCUUCACUGCUGCUAUACAAAGUGUAUGCAGUGCCUUUAAAUGAAUUCUCCAUGGAGUACGUAGAACCCAAAGUGCUUUGCAUUUCUGUGAACGGACGCUUUACUGAGGACAGUCAGUACUGUAUUCCAAGCCAGUACGACAGGCCGUCCUCAGCGCUGGUCUUGGAUGCCGCUCGGGACGGUCGCCUCUCCUCCCCACGGGUGGUUCCGGAGCAGCAGGAGAUUGACAACUGGAGGAGGAGAAGACAGUUGGGGACUGGGGGCCCUUACCUAGGAGCCCAGAGUGAAGGGGUACUACUCAAAUCUCCCCAGACUGAUAUCAGCUUCAGCGCUCGGGUGCCGGAACCGGGCAGGUACGCGUUCGUAGUCCAGUACUGCCAGCCUGAACACAGCAGCUUCCCCGUGGAGGUGCGGGUAGAUGGGGGCGGACACAUCUGGGAGGGCUAUGUGAACGCAUCUCUCUGCCUAAGGGUGUCUUGCUGUAGGGAGGUGGUUGUCGCUGAGAGUCGCAUCUCCCUGGACCUCCGGAAGCGUGAUGUGGUCAUCUCCCUUAAGGUUCCACCCGGAAAGACUCUCACUCUGGAUUAUAUCUUGGUGGUUGCUAGUGAUCGUUACACCCCUGAUCUCCUGAAUGAGAAGCCACUAGAUAAAUCAUCCGAUUUCAUCAGGCAGUGCGGAGGCCAUGGCUUUAUAGACCCCGUAACAUCCUCCCAGUUCUGCCGAGACUCUGCCCGCUCUCUGGUGGCGGCCUACAACGACGGGGCCCUGCCCUGCUCCUGUGACCCGUCGGGCUCCACGGGCCCCGGCUGCGACCCUGCCGGGGGCCAGUGUCCCUGUAGGCCCUAUGUCAUUGGCCGCCAGUGCUCCCGCUGCGCCACGGGAUAUUACGGCUUUCCCUACUGCAGACCGUGUGAAUGUGGCCAGCGGCUGUGCGACGAGGUGACGGGCAAGUGCAUCUGCCCGCCUCAGACGGUGAAGCCGGCCUGCCGCGUGUGUGAGACCCAGACGUUCAGCUACCACCCUCUGGUGGGCUGUGAGGGCUGCGACUGCUCCCCGACCGGAGUCAGGGCCAACGCGGGGAUGGACUGCGACCGCCAAACCGGACAGUGCACGUGUAAGCCCAGGAUCGGAGGACGGCAAUGUGACCGCUGUGCUGCAGGGUUCUACAGGUUCCCUGAGUGUGUCCGGUGUGACUGCAACCAGGCGGGGGUCACGGCCGAUGUGUGUCACCCAGACACAGGACAGUGCCUCUGCAGGAGAAACGUGCAGGGUGUCCGUUGUGAUGCCUGUAAAGACGGCUCCUUCCACUUAAACCCCUCCAACCCCACCGGCUGCACUCGUUGCUUCUGCUUCGGAGCCACCGACCAGUGCCAGAGUUCCACCAAACGCAGGGGCAAGUUUGUGGACAUGCGCGGUUGGCGCCUGGUUAGGGCUGACCAGGAUGAGGUGGCGUCGGUGCUGAAUCCUUCCAGUAACACGCUGGUAGCAGACGUACAGGAGCUGCCUGACACUACUCAGCUCCUCCACUGGGUGGCGCCACCAUCCUACCUGGGAGACCGGGUGUCAUCUUAUGGAGGCUACCUGACCUACCAGGCCAAGACCUUUGGGAUUCCCAGCGAAGGGAUGUUGCUGUUGGACCGUAGACCAGACAUCCUGCUUAGUAGCCGGGACAUGACCUUGGUCCACACGGCUCCGCAGACCCCAGAUCCAGACAGACUCUACCAGGGCAGAGUCCAGCUAGUGGAGGGGAAGUGGCGUCACGCCGGCACUAACCGUCCAGUGUCCAGGGGGGAUCUGAUGAUGGUCCUGGCUGAGCUGGAGGAUCUGAGGGUGCGGGCUCUCUACUUUACCCAGAGCCAGAGACUCAGCCUCGGGGAGGUGGGCCUGGAGGAGGCCACGGACUUGGGGGCCGGGGGGCCUGCCAGUACUGUGGAGAAGUGUGACUGUCCACCUCUCUAUGAAGGAAACUCCUGCCAGAAAUGUGCUCCCGGAUACUACAGAGAAAGCAGCGGGGCCUCCUCGGGUCGCUGUGUACCCUGCUCCUGCAACGGCCUGGCCAGCCAGUGUGACCAGAGGACCGGGAAGUGCCUGAACUGCCAGUACAACACUGCUGGAGACAGGUGUGAACGCUGCAAGGAGGGUUAUUAUGGAGACGCCGCCAAGAGGUCAUGCCGUAUUUGCCCCUGCCCCUAUAAGUUUCCAUCUAACAGUUUUGCUGUAGGCUGCAGUGAGGUUGUCGGGGGGGUCAGGUGUGAUUGCCGAACAGGCUACGCCGGACAAAGGUGUGAACAGUGUGCCCCGGGAUACUACGGUGAGCCAAUGGAAGCCGGAGGAAGCUGUCGGCCUUGUGAAUGUAGAGGCAACCGGAAUAGCUGUGACUCCAGGACCGGGGUGUGUAAAAAUUCUUUGGAGCCCGGGGACACUGAUACAAAUGAGCCGUGUCAAGAGUGCGAUAGCUGCGCGCAGACCUUACUGAAUGAUCUAGAGCAUCUGGAUGAAGAGCUGCAGAGGAUUAAGACUCUGCUGGAUAAUGCCAAUUUCUCCACCUCAUCUCUGAACCAGCUCAGGGAGCUGGAGAUGGCCAUCGCAGAGACCAAGAUCCUGGUGAGCAAGUUCAAUUCUACCAUAAGUAGUCAGGAGAUGGAUGUCUCCCAGCUGGAGCUGGACACAUCCACUCUGGAAAAGGAUAUCAACGCACUAAACAAAAAGGCAAAUGAUAGGGAAAUAGCAGCUGUGAAAUUGGUGGAAGACGUGAAUAAAACACAUAAGAGAGCUGAAGACCUGGACGAUGAGGCUAAAAACCUGCUAAAAAGAAUCCUGGACCUGAUAGCGAAGCUGAAUCAGUCUGGCGAUGGUGUGGUGCCCUCAGAGAACCUGGCUAAGAUAUUAGCUGAGGCAGAGCACAUGGUGAAGGAGAUGCAAAAGCGGAACUUCAACCCCCAAAAAGACGCAGCAGAAGAAGAGAAAGACGAGGCCCAGAAACUGUUGGACUACAUCAAGACCAAUGUCACCAAUCAGUAUGAAAAGAAUUAUGCAGCAGCCAAUAGGACAAAAGGCCUUCUGAACGACUAUGAGGCUAAACUGAAAGACCUGGAAGAGGCUCUGAAACAAGCUGAAGAAUUGGUGAAGAAAGCCAAUACUCAGAAUGGUCUCAACGAAAAGGAACUGAAAGACAUAUUGAAACGUGUGGAGGACCUGGAGAAAGAGCGUAACAAGGUGAAGGAACAGAUAGCCAAGGCAAAAGAUCAGCUGAAGGAGACUGAGGGGCUCUUGAGAAUGCUGAAGGACAGCAAGACUGAAUAUGAACAGCUUGCUGCUCAAUUGGACGGGGCCAGGAUUAACCUCACGGUCAAGGUCAACACCCUCUCUCAGGCUUCUGCCAAGGAGGACCUUGUGAAGCGGGCAGAGGAACAUGCUAAGAUGCUGAGCGAACUGGCCAUGGAACUUGAAGACGCUGUGAAGAAUGCAAGUAACCGCUCUGACGUGCGUAAUGCCAUGAAAGUCAUUGAUGCCUACAAGAACAUAAUCGAUGCAGUCAACGAAGCUGAGAAGGCUGCCAAUGAAGCAAAGGAUGCAGCAGAUAAGGCUCUGACAGAUGUGGAAAAAGAGGACCUGAAAAAGAAAGCUCAGAAUCUGAAAGAUCACGCAAACGACCUACUAGCUGAUGCCAAAGUGGCAGAAGAUGAUCUCAGAAGGGCCUCCGAUGACCUCAAAGCCCAGCGGAAGCGUCUGAAGGACGCAGAGAGGAAGAAGAAAGCCUUGGCGAAGGACCUGCUGGAUGCCCAGACAGAGCUGGGCAACAUUAACAGAGAUGAUAUAAGUGACAUGUUAGCAGAAGCGAAGAGUAAGGCAGCGUCUGCCAAUGACACGUCAGCCGCCACCAUUGCCAGACUGAAUGAAAUCAAGAAGGAAGUGGCUAAGAUCAACGUUACUGGCUCUGACUCCAACCUCACCGUCAACAUGGAUGAUGUGGACAAUUUAGUGAAGAAGCUGUUGAACACUAUUCCCAACCUUGAGGAUAAGAUCAAUGAGGUGGAGGAUCUGAGCACCCAGCUCCCUAUUGCCAACAUAUCUGAGAACAUCAACAGGAUCAAGGAGCUCAUUGAACAGGCUAGAGAUGCGGCCAACAGGGUGGUGGUACCUAUGAAGUUCAAUGGUGCAAGCCACGUGGAGCUGCGUACCCCUAGGGACAUGGACGACCUGAAGGCAUACACUGCCCUGUCCAUGUCCCUGUCCUUGAGCCCUAAGACAUCCAGAGGUGAUGGAACACGCCGGCGCAGACAGAGCACGGACGACGGAAACAUGUUUGUUCUCUACCUCGGCAACAGAAAUUCACCUAAAGACUUUAUCGGCAUGUACCUGAGCAAAGAUGUGUUGAACUGUGUGUACACCCUGGGUGGAGAAGAGAAGACCAUCACGACACAGUCAAUCACCCGGUCACCCUCUGAGACAGCCUUAUUUGACAAGGUGGACCUUCACAGAAUUUACGAAAACGCAGAGGUGAUCUUCACCAAGAUGUUCACAUCCACCCUCCCAGAACAACCUGUUAAAACAACCAGUCAAGGAAAUGUUAAGAAAAACCUACUGAACUUGGAUCCUAGUGACAUGGUCUUCUACGUUGGCGGCUACCCUUCGAACUUCGUCCCUCCAGACUCCCUGAAGUACUCCAAUUAUACCGGUUGCAUUGAGCUCUCCAUUUUCAACGAUCGGUUCAUCAGUCUGUACAACUUUAAGAAUGCUGUGAAUGUCAACCCUGAACCUCCAUGUAAGAGAUAUGCCCCAUCAGAAACACUUGAGUUCUUUGAGGGGACUGGCUAUGCCAAAGUGUCCCUUAAAGACAUCCUGGGGCCCACCCUUGCUUUUAAGCAGGUCAUCACAACUCGCUCAGGGAAUGGGGUUCUCUUCUACACUGGAAAUGAUUUGAAAUACUACAGCGUGACAAUUGAGAAAAGGAAAGUUGUCAUCAACAGCAACUCCUUCAAAUCACCAGUACAAAGCACUAACCAAGUCAUCCCAUUGGGUAUGGAAUCUGAAGAUAUAUUGAUCAUCUUGUCUGGGAGAAAAGAAAUAAUUGUCCGUUUUGGAACCAGGGAGGUUGCUAAGGUUACUGAUAUUGACUACAGCUUUGGCGAUUUCGUUGAAUACUACAUUGGUGGGGUGCCACAAGCCCUGAGGGAUAGAUACAACAUCACCACCCAGCCACUAAAGGGCUGCGUCAAGAACAUCAAGAUAAAUGACAAGUUUGCUCCGAUCGUGGAAAAAGUGGGUGUCAGUCGAGGCUGUCCCAUGGAUUUCUUGGCAUCUCGUAAAGCAGAGUUAAACAUAGGCAGCUCUCUGUCAGCUAAUAUUACAGGCUUCAGCCAGCCGGGUGAUGUCAAAGUCUCACUGGGAUUUAAGAGUUCUGAGAAAGAGGGGCUUCUCCUGAAGAACACACAACUGAACACUGCUGCUAUCGAUCUUUCCUUGGUCGAUGGUUAUGUGGUUCUGUCUUUCAAAGGUGCAAAUCCAAAGUCUUGGAAAUCAAGCAAACAGUACCAGGACGGCAAAUGGCAUUAUCUGACUGCCCUGUGGAUUGAAGCUUCUCAAAGUAUCAAUCUGCAGAUAGACGGGAAAGAUGAGGGAGAAGUGUUUGCCUUCAGGGACUUCGAUUUAAGCCAAAGAUCGAUGACCUUGGGGAAGGACAACUUCAAGGGCUGUCUGUCCAAUCUCUUCUUGAGAAGGACUGAGUCUCUGUACAGAGCAGAUGAUCUGAGUAUGUUAGCCUCUGAUGGAGAUGUUCUGCUGGAUGUCUGUAAUGGUGACAAAUCUCCACAACUGAUGCUUGAUCGCAGCACCACUAGAAUGGAUGGUGGUACGAUGGGGUCAGACGAAAGUCUCUCUGUGUGUGCAAAUCCUGCCCUGGUAAAACGUGCCUACCACAUUGGUGGCCCUGUAAGUAGCAUGAGCUACAGGGUCUCUCCCAAGGCUCUCCAGCCCAAGCCUAUUUUUUCCCUGGAUGUGAGGACUAAGUCUUCGAAGGGUCUGCUGUUCUAUGCGGCGACCAGACGAGGGAGCUCUCACAUGGCUCUCUACAUGUCCAAGGGCAGGAUCAGACUGUCUGUAGGCAAGAUGAAGGAAAUCUUCCACAGGGAGAAAUACAACGAUGGGAAGUGGCACUCGGUAGUAUUCAGCCUGGAAAAUAAGAAGUUCCGUCUGGUGGUGGAUGGUAUCAGAGCUCAGGAUGGACAGUUUACAAAUAAUAAGGCAGUGUCUAUGGAACUGACCUCUCCUCUUUACCUGGGCAGUGCUCCUGAUUCACUGAAAACAGAACUUAAGUCUAAGCUCCUCCCAACACACAGUGUGAUAGGCUGUGUGCGAAACUUCAAGGUGAACGGAACUCACAUGCCAGAGCCAACCACCAAUCGUGGUGCUGGCCCGUGCUUCAAUGGAUCGCCACAGCUUGGGGCCUACUUCUCAGGGAGAGGGGCUCAUGUCAUCAUCAAUGAUUCCUUUGUGGUCGGCACCACGUUUGAGGCGGUGUUCGACAUCCGCCCUAGGAGUCUGAAUGGUGUUCUGCUUCAUGUGGGGAACUCGGGCCGGCCUGGCCAUGGGCACAACGCCAGACACCACCUCAGCCUCUACAUGAGAAGAGGAGAGGUGGUGGCGUGGGUCAACAAUGGAGAUGGUGAUUUCAGUGUAGCCGUAACACCCCGACAGCCCUUGUGCGAUGGAAUGUUCCACCGAGUUGCAGUGGUCAAGAGGAACAAUGUUGUGGAGAUGCAUGUGGACAAUGAGGGUGACCACAAAAUAGGACCGACCUCCUCCUCCUCCACUCUGACCAAAGACCCGCUAUAUGUAGGCGGCAUUGCAGAGACAUCCAUGCAUCCGAGCCUCCCUGUCACAGAGUCCUUCAAGGGCUGCAUUCAGAACAUGAAGAUCAACGAGGAAGCAAUCUCCUUUGAGAAGCUGUCCAGUGUGUUUGGUCCAGUUAACCUCAGAGAGUGUCCUGCUGGCUGAGUAGAGAUUCUUAUGACCAUAUUAUGGGACCAUGUCAACUGUCCACUGGCCGCCACGUGCAAUCUGCUACAAAGACAGAUCAUUUGUACUGUUUGUGUGUGUGUGUGUGUGUGUGUGUGCGUGUGUGUUGGUUGUGCGUACGCGUGCAUGUCUGAUGUGAGGUGGCUCAGAUGUUCAUCUCUGUUGCUUUAUAUCAGGAACAUAAAUAUAAAAGGUUAACAAUUCUGUAGUUUUACCUAAAUACAAUAUUUAUUUAGUGAGGGAUGUGCUUAUUUUCACCAUCUUGUUAUUGAAUGUAUUUUAAUAUUCUAAUGUGGUGCCAGCUGGGUUAGGAGUGUUUUUUCACCCCUCGUGAUUUUCUUCCUUUGUACUUCCUCUUCUUAUUCACUAUAGUAUAGAAAAGCUCUACUUCGAAUAUAUAUAUAUAUAUAGAGAGAGAGAGAGAGAGAGCCCUGAACUUAAAAACAUAUUUAAAAAAAAUGCAAUCCUGACCAAUUAACAAAGAAGAAAAUAUCAUAAACAUAAAACAACAGUGAUUUUACAAUUUGAAUUACAAUUCUGUAUUUUUAGUGACAUAUGUCACUUUGAAGUAACAUUCUAUUUCUGUAUGUAGGGUCUACUAUAAUAACAUAGGGAUUUGUUUUAUGGGAAUAUUGCCUGUAAUCACAAAAUGUAUAAUCAACAAUAUGGAUAUGAAUGAGUCAACUAUUGUUAAAAAGCAAUAUAUGUACUCUCAAUAGUCUCAGAAAUGAUAUUCAGAUGAAUUGGGACCACUGGGAAAAGUGUGCCUACACAACUAAAAUGAAUGCUGAGCUCUGUUUUUCUCACAUACAAGUGGAUAUACCUCAGUCUAAGCUUUGUAUAUAAUUGUGUACAAUACUUGAUUACUUUUCCCCACAAUGAAACACGUUAGUGCACUUGACACUUACUAGUUACUGUUAACUUUACCCUUUGACACCCUUAAUUGUACAAGUAGGCUUAUGCAUUCCUACCUUUUGACCAUUGAUGUAAUUCAAAGUGGGUUAAUCAUGCCUGUCCAUCAGUAUAUUUGUUGCCUAUUUAUGUAUGUUGUGAAUGCUUGUGUAUAUUCUGAACAAUGAGUUUAAAUAUUAUGUGCAACCGUUGAUUACUAUAAUGUAUUAAGUAUACCUUCAUCAAAUAAUAAACUGUAUUUUUCUUGUAGA